AUGGAGCAGUGGCUGUCAAAGGGAUGCCGGUCACCUCCUCACAUCAAUUACUUAAUCCUCCGGAAGGUAAUUCCUUUUGGACAUUAUCUGACCAACUCCACCCCCGUCCUGUUAAAGCUGGAGGAUAUGUUUGAAGAGCUUCCAUAUGAGAUAUUUAUGGUCAACGUGACAUGGGAUGGCAAAGACUUGUCCUUCACUGAGGAAGGCUACCAGGUGCACCCCAGGCUGGUGGUGAUUGUGCUGAACAAGGACCGAGAAUGGGAAAAGGUGGGCAAGUGGGAGAACCAGACCCUGAGCCUGAGACAUGCUGUGUGGCCGCGGUACAAGUCGUUCUCAGACUGUGAGCCGGACGACAACCAUCUGAGCAUCGUCACCCUGGAGGAGGCCCCCUUUGUUAUUGUGGAAGACAUAGAUCCACUGACCGAGACAUGCGUGAGAAACACUGUGCCAUGUCGGAAGUUCGUCAAAAUCAACAAUUCAACCAAUGAGGGAAUGAAUGUCAAAAAAUGCUGCAAGGGUUUCUGCAUCGAUAUCCUAAAGAAGCUUUCCAGAACUGUGAAGUUUACCUAUGACCUUUACCUGGUGACUAAUGGGAAGCAUGGCAAAAAAGUUAACAACGUGUGGAAUGGAAUGAUUGGUGAAGUGGUCUAUCAGCGGGCAGUCAUGGCAGUAGGCUCACUCACCAUCAAUGAGGAACGUUCUGAAGUGGUGGACUUCUCUGUGCCCUUUGUGGAGACAGGAAUCAGUGUCAUGGUUUCAAGAAGCAAUGGCACCGUCUCACCUUCUGCUUUUCUAGAACCAUUCAGCGCCUCCGUCUGGGUCAUGAUGUUUGUGAUGCUGCUCAUUGUCUCCGCCAUAGCUGUUUUUGUCUUUGAAUAUUUCAGUCCUGUUGGAUACAACAGAAACUUAGCCAAAGGGAAAGCACCCCAUGGGCCUUCUUUUACGAUUGGAAAAGCUAUAUGGCUCCUUUGGGGCCUGGUGUUCAACAACUCUGUGCCUGUCCAGAAUCCUAAGGGGACCACCAGCAAGAUCAUGGUGUCUGUGUGGGCCUUCUUUGCCGUCAUAUUCCUGGCCAGCUACACGGCCAAUCUGGCUGCUUUCAUGAUCCAGGAGGAAUUUGUGGACCAAGUGACUGGCCUCAGUGACAAAAAGUUUCAGAGACCUCACGACUACUCCCCACCUUUUCGAUUUGGCACGGUGCCCAACGGCAGUACGGAGAGAAACAUUCGGAAUAACUACCCCUACAUGCAUCAGUACAUGACCAAAUUUAAUCAGAAGGGAGUGGAAGACGCCUUGGUCAGCCUGAAAACAGGGAAACUGGAUGCUUUCAUCUACGACGCGGCGGUCUUGAAUUACAAGGCGGGGAGGGACGAAGGCUGCAAGCUGGUGACCAUCGGGAGUGGGUACAUCUUUGCCACCACUGGUUAUGGCAUUGCCCUCCAGAAGGGCUCCCCUUGGAAGAGGCAGAUUGACCUGGCCCUGCUCCAGUUUGUGGGUGAUGGUGAGAUGGAGGAGCUGGAGACACUGUGGCUCACGGGGAUCUGCCACAACGAGAAGAACGAGGUGAUGAGCAGUCAGCUGGACAUCGACAACAUGGCGGGCGUGUUCUACAUGCUGGCGGCUGCCAUGGCCCUCAGCCUCAUCACCUUCAUUUGGGAACACCUCUUCUACUGGAAGCUGCGCUUCUGUUUCACAGGCGUGUGCUCUGACCGGCCAGGGCUGCUCUUCUCCAUCAGCAGGGGCAUUUACAGCUGCAUUCAUGGAGUGCACAUCGAAGAAAAGAAGAAGUCUCCAGACUUCAAUCUGACUGGGUCCCAGAGCAACAUGUUAAAACUCCUGCGGUCAGCCAAAAACAUUUCCAACAUGAACUCCUCAAGAAUGGAUUCCCCCAAAAGAGCUGCUGACUUCAUCCAAAGAGGUUCCCUCAUCAUGGACAUGGUUUCCGAUAAGGGAAAUUUAAUAUAUUCGGAUAACAGGUCCUUCCAGGGGAAAGACAGCAUUUUUGGGGACAACAUGAAUGAACUCCAAACGUUUGUGGCCAACAGACAUAAGGAUAACCUCAAUAACUAUGUGUUCCAGGGCCAGCACCCUCUUACUCUCAAUGAGUCCAACCCUAACACAGUGGAGGUGGCCGUGAGCACAGAAUCCAAAGGGAAUUCCAGGCCCCGGCAGCUUUGGAAGAAGUCCAUGGAAUCUCUACGGCAAGAUUCACUGACCCAGAACCCAGUAUCCCAGAGGGAUGAGGGACCAGUGGAGAAUAGGACCCACACCCUAAAGAGUCCUAGGUACCUUCCAGAAGAGGUGGCCCACUCGGACAUUUCAGAAACUUCGAGUCGGGCCACAUGCCACAGGGAACCUGACAACAAUAAGAACCACAAAACCAAGGACAACUUCAAAAGAUCAACGGCCUCCAAAUACCCCAAGGACUGCAGCGAGGUUGAACGCUCCUACCUGAAAACCAAAGCAAGCUCCCCCAGGGAUAAGAUCUACACCAUCGAUGGAGAGAAGGAGCCCAGCUUCCACUUAGAUCCUCCCCAGUUCAUUGAAAACAUGGCCCUUCCUGAGAACGUGGACUUCCCAGAUGUCUACCAGGACCACAAUGAAAACUUCCGCAAGGGGGACUCUACGCUGCCAUUGAACAGGAACUCGCUGCACAGUGAAGACGGGCUUCCCAACAACGACCAAUAUAAGCUCUACUCCAAGCACUUCAGCUUGAAAGACAAGAGCUCCCCUCACAGCGAGGGCAGUGACCGUUACCGGCAGAACUCCACGCACUGCAGGAGCUGCCUUUCCAACCUGCCCACCUACUCAGGCCAUUUCACCAUGAGGUCCCCGUUCAAGUGCGAUGCUUGCCUCCGGAUGGGGAACCUCUACGACAUUGAUGAAGACCAGAUGCUUCAGGAGACAGGUAACCCAGCCACCCAGGAGGAGGUCUACCAGCAGGACUGGGCACAGAACAAUACCCUCCAGUUCCAAAAGAACAAGCUAAGGAUUAGCCGCCAGCAUUCUUAUGAUAACAUUCUUGACAAACCUAGGGAGACUGACCUAAGCAGGCCUUCUCGGAGCAUAAGCCUCAAGGAUAGGGAACGGCUUAUGGAAGGAAAUUUGUAUGGGAGUCUCUUUAGUGUCCCCUCAAGCAAACUCUUGGGGAACAAAAGCUCCCUUUUCCCCCAGGGUCUGGAGGACAGCAAGAGGAGUAAGUCUCUCUUGCCGGACCACGCCUCCGAUAACCCUUUCCUCCACUCCUAUGGGGAUGACCAACGCUUAGUCAUUGGGAGAUGCCCCUCAGACCCUUAUAAACACUCGUUGCCAUCCCAGGCAGUGAAUGACAGCUAUCUUCGAUCGUCCUUGAGGUCAACGGCAUCGUACUGUUCCAGGGACAGUAGAGGCCACAGCGAUGUGUAUAUUUCAGAGCAUGUUAUGCCUUAUGCUGCAAAUAAGAAUAUGUACUCUGCCCCCAGGGUUUUGAAUUCCUGCAGCAAUAGACGUGUGUACAAGAAAAUGCCUAGUAUUGAAUCUGAUGUUUAA